GCAGACUUUUCACAGUGUCCUAAAUAUUCAUUCAAAUUGCUAGUAAAUACAGGAUAUAUUCUAUGAAAAGAGAUAUUCUUAGUUGCUUAACCCUGAGCAAUGGCAUGCAAUUAUAGCCAAUGGUCCCUGAAAAGUGGCUAAAAUUUCUGAAUGCUACACGCAAGCCUAACUCUCAAGGAGGCUGUUCAGAUAGUGAAAUACUCAGUGACAUUUAUGUAUAACUUUUAACUGCUGCUGGCUUUGGAAAAGUUCAAGGUUGUAUAUUUUCCUUUGAAAAUGUCAAAGGUAUUUUGCCCUGUCUGAGUUCAGCUUGUGGAAGUGUAAAAGUACUUCAGAUACUCUUUAAAGAGAAUAUGUUUUAUAAAGAUCUGGUGGUAAUGACCAGAGAGUUGGGAGUUCAAUUGCCAGCAAUGCCAGACACCCACAAUGUAAUAUAUUGUUAAAUAUACUACAGAAACUGUUAAAUAUCCCCACAAAAUAUGUCUCUUCUUAUGGCAUGUGAGGUGCUGAGGUUCCAGGCUUCAUCAGGUUUUGUAGACACCCCUGCUGUGCCAUCCAUAUGCUCCUGUACUCUUAAUUUUGCCCUAAUGUGCUGAUUUUGGACUCUCCUCAACACCUCUUGGCAAGACUGCACAGUCAGACAGGCUGGACUGUGGGUGACUGCCAACAUUCACUUUCACUAGCCAUGUUUCCCUGCUUCCUAUCAUAGCCACUUAAGUCAUGCUUUCACACUUCGUCCCUAAUUAGGAGUAUACAUGAAAUGUUUGUAAGAGAGCAGCUGCAUUUCCACCUAACAAUGAAUUAACACCUCUCUAUUUAUAAACCUAAUUAUUUAUGUUCUCUGAAUAAGUUCUCGGCAUGUCCUGUGAUGCUUUUGUAAAUAUCAUAGUCAAUGUGAAGGCACUGUGAAAUGCAAUCAUCACAGGAUUAAAGCAAAAAACAUUUUUGCAUCAUUCUCUUCUCUUUUAUGACUGAUAUUACUAUCAUUAUCCAGAAUGCACCAAAUGUAUAUAGUUCUAUUUUUGUGCAGGCUGAAAUAAUGAUAAUGUAUUGCUAAUUUCCUGGGGCUGGAUUUUUUUUCUGUAUUCCACUAACUUCAUGCACAGCCUAAAAAGUGCGUCAUACAUAUUGUGGAUGUUCAAAAAAUUCAUCACCUCACUUUAGUAUGAAUAUACCCAAUUGCUAACUAGGUACAUCUGCCUGAAACAUUUUAUUCAUAACAAAUAAGAGCAAACAACUUAGUCAUGGCAAAUCAGAAAGCUGACAUGUCAUUACACAUUGAACAUCAUUUAAUUUAUAGAAUCCAUAAAAUGUCUAGAAAUACUGAUAAAAUCCCCCAUUUGCCAAAUCCAAAUUCAUUGCCUUGCAUAGAAAUGAGGAAUUAGUCGAUAUAAAUGCUUUCCUUCAGUGCUCACACACGAGUGAACAUGUUUUUUUUAUAUGUUCUGUCAGUCUGCCAGUAAUUUCUACCACUAAAAAUAUCAUGUGAAAUCUGUCCACAGUUUUUAAUGAGGUGCUGAUUUAAUUGAAUAUUUCAGCUGUGUCUCUUGAUAAUGUCUGCAUUCUACCCCAGCCUUGUGCCUAUGUGCCUCUCCUGGCCAGCUUACCUCUAAUGGCCAUAAACAUUCGAAGAAUACUGUAAAUAAAACCCUAAUCUAAUGCCUUAGUUUACUCAUAGAGCCCAUAGUGUGUUUGGAAAAAGCAGGCAAAAAGUGAAUUUGCAAAUUUUUCUGCACCUCUACAGGCCAGUCCAAUGGUGCUGUACUUUAUAAAGCAUAGAGGCAUGUCUCAGCUGGUUCAUAAGAUGAGUGCUCUCUCUCUGGGGCAGACAAAAGCAAUGGUUCACCAUAAUGAAAUUCAAGCCUAUCUGGAGCUGUCAUUAAGAUGGUUGCAUUUUAAUUACAACUGCUAAAAAUCUCUUGACUCAGUGUGAACAAGCUGUGUCCUUCUUUUUAAAUUGAAGUGCUGAGAUAAUUUCUUCUUCUAUAGCAUGAUUGUGUCCAUUGUGCACUUUUGAUCAUGACAGAUAGGGAAAUACCAGUCAACCAAAAUUUGAACAUCGUGCAGAGCACCAUUAAAUCCGUAAUUAAAAAUUUAGAUAAUAUGGGACAACCACGACUCUGCCUAGAGGAGGCCAUCAAACAAAAGUCAGUGAAAGGGUAAGGAGGACUUUAGUUAGAGAAGCAGCCAAGGGUAAUGCUGACAGAGCUGCAAUGACAGACACUAAAAAAAAAAUGGGUUUAUGGAAGAGUGGUGACCUCCACCGAUGCAGAGUUCACCGAAAGAGUCCACACUAGAAAACAUGUGGAAAACAUUCUCUGAUCUGAUGAGACUAAACUGGAACUUUUUUGGCUUUGGUGCAAAGUAAUACAUUUGCUGGAAACCCAGCACUAUUCAUCACCCUGUGAGCACCAUCCCUGCAGUGAAGCAUGGUGGUGGUAGAAUCAUGUUGUGGAGAUACUGGGAAACUGGUCAGAGUUGAGGGCAAGAUGGAUGGAGCUAAAUACAGGGAAAUAUGCCAGAAGACUGUAAGCAGCUGUAAUUGUAACCAAUCCCAAAGGGGUGAAUACUUAUGCAACCAACAAAUGUCUGCUUUUUUAUUUAAUUAGCCUUUCUGUCACAAUAAGAAAAAAAAUGACACCUUCAAAUGUUAGGCAUAUCGUGUAUUCCCCUCUUAAGGUUAGCAUUUGCUCUUGUACCUCUACCAAGAAGGCAGAUCGUCUCCGAGAUCCUCCUCGACUGAUUUAAGAAUUAAACAAUGAAGCAUAGGUUAUUUAUAGGGCAGCUGAUGAAAAUUUCAAGAACUGCUGCAGGCACACGAAUGGUCUGAUAAAGCCCAUACUCUUCUAUUCUCUUCUAUUCCAUCUUCAGCAUAGGCCUCAAAGGAGAGAUGUGGAGAAACAUUACAUGGGCAGGCGUGCCGCUCACAGGAGUACCUGCAUGGUUUAUGAGCCUGAGAGGAGACGAGGUGAGAUUGUGUUAUCAUCUCACUUCGACAGCUCCAGCUCUGUUCUGCUAUGCCCAUUCAUGUCAAAGUGUUGCGACUUAAUGACUGGUUUAGCUAGUACAGCUUAUAAUAAGGACCAAAUUACACAGUGGGCUUUUUAAAUGGGAGUCAUUUUUAGGCUGGAACUAGACCCCUUCGUUGUCUGCAAUAAUGUUCAAGUAAGGCGUUACAUUGUUCUCCUUCUGUAUUGUACUGUAUUGCUGGUGCUUUUCUACUGUUCCCUCCAUAUAAAGGAAUGUUAAGAAGGCAAAUGCUAUUAUUAGGCAGUGGGGCUCAUGCACCGGGUUCCAAAAUGACUUUCCUAAGUGCUUUGUACUGUAUGAGCCUCCCUCAGUGUCAUGUUUUUGUGUUAAUUACUACCCCGGAUGAAUAGAACAAAAGCAUGGUCUUUUCCCCACGCUGUUCAGCGUAGUGGUGAGGAGGGUGACACAGUUCAGUAGAGGGAAGGUCCUUGUACUGAAUAGGACCCUUGUAGGGCUUAGUAAAGUGAAGAUCAGGGAGAACAGGGAGAAUGAAGACAUGCUUUGUCAGCGGCCUUGUGUGCUCUGUCUGUCUAUUGUGAUCUGGUCACAUGAGUGUCCCUGGACUUAUAUACAGAAUCUAUACAGUGUGUGGAUGGAAAUUCCUCCAUUAGCUUUAUCUUGUUUCAUGCACAUGAAACUUGGCACAGGAACAGAUAGUCAGAAAGGCAAGAGAAAAUAUGCCUCAGAGACUUGGAUUAGCUGUAAUAACAAAAUGACCGUAAAGACUGUGAGUGAGACAGAAAAUUUUACUCUUUUUAGUGCAUGGAGUACAAUUAAAUAAAUAAUUAGUGAAAGUAAUUAGGUCACUUGGAGAAUAAAAUAUGAUGCAAUCUUUUCAAAAAGUGGCGGAAUGAGCAGAAGGCAAACCGAGGGGCAGGGGUGAGAACAGUCAGACUUCUCUUCCUAAUGGGAACUGUUUUCAGCUUUUGCAGCCAGGAGCUUAUCAUGCUAAAAAAGGUCAUCUCAUUCCACCUCCCUCUUUGUUUGAGUCAUUCUCAUUUCUGACCGGUUCUAAUCAUGAGAGCCACUGAGCCUUAGCUGAUGACAUAAUCCGUGCUCCUCCCCUGGGAGCAUGGCAGGCUCCCUUUAAGGCAAGUGCACUGGCAUGUAGGGUUAGUGCUUUAGCUGGAUGCUCGGCCAUGUGACAGUAUCACAAGGAGGUGCUUUUCUGAGCUGGAAAUAAGUCCCAGGACAGUGGCAUUGCAGAGAUGGAGGAGCUCCCUGUUCCUCAGCACAUUAAAAUCAGCAACAUCACUUGUGACUCUUUCAAGAUCUGCUGGGACAUGGAUUCCAGGGUCAAGGAGCGCAUCACACACUACUUUAUUGACCUUAACAAGAAAGAGAACAAGAAUGCCAACAAGUUCAAGCAUAAGGAUGUACCCACUAAGCUGGUAGCAAAGGCAGUGCCUCUGCCCAUGACAGUGAGAGGCCACUGGUUUCUGAGCCCCCGCACAGAGUACACUGUAGCCGUCCAAACAGCAUCUAAACAGAGUGACAGAGACUACGCCGUCUCCGAGUGGAGUGAGGUUGUGGAGUUCUGCACAGCCGAUUACUCCACGGUCCAUCUCACACAGCUGCUGGAGAAAGCGGAGGCUAUCGCAGGCAGAAUGUUGCCAUUCUCUGUGUUCUAUCGCAACCAGAACAAAGAGUACUUUGACCAUGCAAGGCAUGCGCAGAAAAACAAGAUGCUGCCAUCGGUGAAGGACAACAGCGGCAGCCACGGCUCACCCAUUAGUGGCAAGCUGGAAGGUAUCUUCUUCAGCUGUAACACCGAGUUCAAUACUGGGGCUCCACCGCAGGACUCACCGUAUGGCCGCUUCCGCUUCCAAGUGCCAGCCGAAGCUCUCUUCAACCACAACACCAACCUGUACUUCGCUGAUUUCUACUGCAUGUACACGGCAUAUCACUACGUGAUCCUGGUGCUGGCACCGCAUGGCUCUCCAGGUGAUGAAUUCUGCAAGCAGAGGCUCCCCUUGCUGGAUAUCUCCAACAACCGGUUUCUGACAUGUGCUGAGGACGAAGAGGGGCGCCUUUCUUUCCGCCAUGCGCAGGACAUCAUCCUCGAGGUGAUUUAUACAGACCCGAUGGACUUGAGCCUGGGUACGGUGGCUGAGAUCAGUGGGCACCAGCUCAUGAGCCUGUCUACGAUCAACGCCAAGAAGGACCCCAGCUGCAAGACCUGUAACAUCAGCGUUGGCCGCUAAAUCCCUGUUCAAGCAACUCUUAUUGUUCUGUUCUGUUCUCCUGUUUUCUUUCCUUGGUGUCUUUUCUUUAACUCUCCUUUAAUAACCCUUUAGGAGUCUCAAGGCUCCUUGACAGCAUGUGUCUCUCAGCUUUUUACCAAACACUCCUCUCUUAUUGAGUUAGACUAUAAUGUAGCCCUAUUUUUCUAUCUAUGUUCAGAGGCGUCAGUGGGACUAUAAUAUGUCUGUCAAAAAAGUGACAUUUUCUCCUUUAAUUCUUAUUGGCUGUGAAACUUUAAACCGUGUUUUAGAGUUACAAUGUCAUAUUUUGCCAAAGGUGACAACAUAAAGUAGCAUACUGGUCAAACUGAUAAUGUAGCUGGAUAUACUGUAUAACAAGGCUAUAUAAGUGUGUAUUUAUAUUACACAGUAUUUGGAUCAUUCUAAAGAGCAUAGUAGACAUCGCUGCAGCAUGAUUCUGAAAUUGAAAAACGAUGACAUCAGCACUUCUUUGAUAGCUGUUCUGCAGUGUUUCAUGUUAUUUAUUCUAAACUAAAACCUAUUAUACUGUGUUUGACACAUAAUAAACAUGCCAAGUAGUAGAAAUAGAAAAAUAUUUAUUUUUUAACCAGUGUAUAGAAAACGGACGGAACCAGAAGUGCACAAUACUGGGACUUUGGGACAAAAAAUGGAUGCACACUAGAACAGAAAGAAUUUCUCAAAAUCAAAUUUGCACAAAUCUACUGCGUAAACCAAUGCAAAAUUAACAUGCACUAAAAGCUGUCAUUCAAAUGGCGAAAUAGUCAUUGUGGCUGUGUACGUCAAAUUCAGUCUGGAACACAGCAAACAUGACACUGAACAAACCACACUUGAUUGUAGAAGAUCUCAACAAUUCGAAGUCGGCUGGCAUGCAAGACACAAAACACGAUUGUAAUAAGUCCUUGCAGUUGAAACGGCAAAACAAGAUUGGUAAUAUCUGUAUUGAUUGUUGAACAGGAAUUCAAGGCUUUUUUUUUCUUUUGAGUGUGUUACACUUUCAGACCAUAAAAAGGACCAUUGUGCUUCAUGGUAGAGCAUAGUUAUUUUUUUUAUAUAUUUAUCUUUUAAAAAAAAAUCUUUGUCAGUGUCAUUCUCCCUGUCCUUCAGGAGGCCUCUUAAUGUGUCACAGUCAUUCAGUUCAUUUCAUUUUUGUGAAAAAAGUAAGCGUAAUAGAGGGACACAUUCACAAUAGGUCACAAUAGUUCACAUUGUAUAACAUCAGUUGCCAUUAAUACAAGCAUUUGUGUGCUUCAGCAGCUGGUGAGUUUGCAUAUGAUUAUAAAUCUAAGUGCUCUGGGUUUUAGCAUAAAAGUUUGGCGUUUGCUCACGACAAAGCCCCCGUCUUGAACCCUGAGCAUCAUGGUCCGAUCGUCUGAGAGCACACUGUCAUUUUGUUUCAAAUUACAUCAGAAUGACAAAAAACUCAGAACAAGAAACCAAGAAAAUUGCAUAUUGAUUCAGGCUUUGGUUAACAAAAAAACAUCUCUUCAAAAAACAAUAUAAAGUGCCAUAUUUCAUCAUUUCUUUUCGUCUUUAAGACACACAUGAUUUGUCAGUCUCCGCUGAGUUUGGAAUGAAGAAUGAGCACAAAACAGAGAUCAGUAUUUACACGGUACGUCAUGCAGUAGCCACGUAAGGCUUUUUUUUUUUUUUUCUUAGAGUUAGAUCAAACCCUGUGUCUGGGAGGUCUGGGCAGCUCAACGUAGAAUCAUUGUUAAAGUGCAUUGUAGUGUUAUUAUGGCACGAGCAUGUAAUAUGUAAGCAAAAACAUGGUUUGGUCCAAAUGUCUAGAUCUGUUUUGAAAGGCAAACCAGGAUAUAUAUAUAUUCCUUGAAUAGUCUAUGUGGUUUCCUGUUUGCUAAGCAGAACCUCCAGCAAGCGCAGUUUGGCUUUCAGGCUUUUGUACUCUUGAUAUUCUUCUGUCAUGGGAAUCCGGUCGUCCUUUUGUGCAGUCCUUGUGUGAUUUGAGAGCAGAAAAAGAAAAAAAAGAGAAGAGGAAACAUUAAUAGAGACCUUGUGAGUCCAUUUACACAGUGAGAAUAACCCUUGUGUUGCCUUAUUGAAAUAGUUUUGUACAUCAGUGGAUAUCAGCUAAAAGGAAAUAGAUUUUAUUUUCUGCAAAAUAUUUGAAAUACUGUGUACAGAAUCAUUGUGUUUUUGGUGCAUUGAGUUUUUUUUCCUUCUCUGCCAAUUUAUUUUUCUCAAUUGUAUUGAUGUGCAUUAAGCUAACUAUACUGAAAUGCCUCGUGGAUGUGUGUGUCUUUUCUUUCUCCUGCUGUUCAUGUUUUACAAACGCCAAAUGUAACAUACGUAUUCAUUAAAACAUGUUAACGCUA